UUCUUACUGUACUUCUCCUUUAUUCAAUUCAUUCAUUCAUUCUCUUCGGCUUUCAGCUUUCUUCCUUUCUUUCUUUCUUUCUUUCUUUCUUUCUUUCAUUCAUUCUGUCCUUCUUUCAUUCUUUCUUCUUACUGUACUUCUCCUUUAUUCAAUUCAUUCAUUCAUUCUUUUCGGCUUUCAGCUUUCUUCCUUUCUUUUCUUUCUUUUUUCUUUUCUUUCUUUCUUUUCUUUCAUUCAUUCUUUCCUUCUUUCAUUCUUUCUUCUUACUGAACUUCUCCUUUUAUUCAAUUCAUUCAUUCAUUCUCUUCGGCUUUCCCUUUAUUUUCUUCCUUUCUUUCUUUCUUUCUUUCUUUCUUUCUUUCUUUCAUUUCAUUCUGUCCUUCCUCUUUCAUUCUUUCUUCUUACUUUUACUUCUCCUUUAUUCAAUUUCCUUUUCUUUUUUUCUUUCAUUUUUCAUUCUUUUCGGCUUUCUUUCUUUCUUUCUUUCUUUCUUUUUUUCUUUCUGUUCUUUCCCUUUAUUCAAUUUUCAUUCUUCUCUUCUUUCAGCUUUCUUUCUUUUUUCUUUUCUUCAUUUCAUUUUCAUUCUUUCUUCUUCUGUACUUUCCCUUUAUUCAAUUCAUUUUCAUUCAUUCUUUCGGCUUUCAGCUUUCUUUCUUUCUUUCUUUCUUUCUUUCUUUCAUUCAUUCUGUCCUUCUUUCAUUCUUUCUUCUUACUGUACUUCUCCCUUUAUUCAAUUCAUUCAUUCAUUCUUUUCGGCUUUCAGCUUUCUUUCUUUCUUUCUUUCUUUCUUUCUUUCAUUCAUUCUUUCCUUCUUUCAUUCUUUCUUCUUACUGUACUUCUCCCUUUAUUCAAUUCAUUCAUUCAUUCUCUUCGGCUUUCAGCUUUCUUCCUUUCUUUCUUUCUUUCAUUCUGCCUUUCAUUCUUUUUUUUAUUCAUUCUUCAUUCAUUCUUUUUCUUUAAUUCAUUUCUUUCAUUAUUCAUUCUUCUUUUUCAUUCUUUUUUCUUCUUCUUUCUUCUUUUCUUUCAUUCAUUCAUUCUUUUCUUUCAGCUUCUUCCUUUCUUUCUUUCUUUCUUUCUUUCUUUCUUCUUCCUUCCAUUCUUUCUUCUUUUCUUUCCCUUUAUUUUCAUUUAUUCAUCCUGUCCUUCUUUCUUUCUUCUUUUUUCUUUCUUUCUUUCAUUCACUCUGUCCUUCUUUCAUUCUUUCUUUUACUGA